UACGUGUAUUAUUUAUGUAGAUAUAAGAAAAAUGCUAGGAGCUCACGGCGGCGACGGCGAUGGAAACGAUCCGCACCGAUCGUGGUGGAAGAAAAUAACAGGCUGCAAAAACAGCGGGUCGAAGAAAACACCACCACCACCAAGAGAGGCAGCCAAACAUCUAAACCUUGAGGCUGCCUUCAAGAAAAAUGGAGGCCCGUUACCCAUGUACUUCGAUUACAAAUCAAAGACCUUUCAGUCGAUCGGGGACUACGGGGCUAUGUACAAAUCUUUGUUAGGCUCAUUGAUCGGAGAUGUCCCCCAGUACUACGAGUCAUGGGAUGAUGUGCCUGAGUCUCUGAGGGACAAUAUCUUAGAGGAAAUACAGGUUAGAAUAUGUUUCUUUUUAUAUUUUUUUACUUAA